AUCGAUGAGAUGUCGAAAGACAAACAAACACAAAUCCAGAGGUAUGGAAGAGCAAAGAGGAGCCAAUAUGCAAGCAUGAAGGGUGCAUUUGUUCGUGGACGGCGCUUCACAGUAGCAGCUGCUUUGACGAUGGAUGGAAUCAUUGCGGGACAUGUUCUGGAAGGAUCUCUGCAUCGCAAUGGAUACCUUCACUUUCUCGAACAUUCUGUCAUGAGU